AUGGUGGUGAGAGUGCACUGGCUUUUGAAUGUUUUAAUCGAGGGAGGAGUAAUGAGAGAUGUGACAGUUUUUGUGGAAGCUCUUUCUCUCAAAUUAUGGGUUGUUUUGGUUUCUUCAAGUCCACCCCAAAGAACAAGCAAAACCCAAACCCUUCAAGCUUAUCAGAAUCCAAUUCAGCACCCACGUCGAACACGGGCCACUAGGCUCGGUGCCACUGAUCGCGGCGGCGUGCACAAAAUCUUCGCCUCGACGUCGUCGCCAGCAGAGAUUCCGGUUUGCUCUUAUGAGGAGAGAGGUCUUCGAGUUUUCGAGCUCAAUGAGCUGAGAAAUGCUACCAAUGAUUUCAAUAGGAUGCUUAAGAUCGGCGAAGGCGGAUUUGGGAGUGUUUACAAAGGGUUCGUUAGGCCUGUUGAUGGGAAGGGAGAUAAGAUCACGGUGGCCGUGAAGAGGCUCAAUCAGAAAGGACUGCAGGGACAUAAGCAAUGGCUUGCAGAAGUCCAAUUUCUUGGAGUUGUUAACCAUCCAAACCUUGUUAAACUCAUUGGGUAUUGUUCUGAAGAUGGUGAAAGAGGGAUCCAGAGGCUUUUAGUUUACGAGUACAUGCCAAACAAAAGUUUAGAAGAUCAUUUAUUUAACCGAGCCUAUCCUUGUCUUCCCUGGAACUUAAGACUACAGAUAGCCUUGGGUGCGGCUGAAGGGUUGGCAUAUUUGCAUGAAGGAUUGGAAGUUCAGGUAAUUUACCGGGACUUCAAAGCAUCUAAUGUCCUAUUAGAUAAAGAUUUUAAGCCAAAACUCUCUGACUUUGGGCUCGCUAGAGAGGGACCUUCAGAUGGGCGCUCUCAUGUAUCAACAGCGGUUGUAGGAACAUAUGGAUACGCAGCUCCAGACUACAUAGAGACAGGCCAUCUGACAACAAGAAGCGACGUAUGGAGCUUUGGUGUGGUACUCUACGAGCUCCUCGCUGGGCGACGCUCCCUUGAAAGAAAUCGUCCAGCAAACGAGCAAAAGCUUCUCGAUUGGGUGAAACAGUUCCCAAUAGAAAGCAGAAGAUUCAACAUGAUCAUGGAUCCUAGGCUCCAGUAUCAGUUCUCUGUUAAAGCUGCCAGAGAGAUUGCAAAGCUUGCUGAUAAGUGCUUAGUGAAACAAGCAAAAGAAAGGCCACAGAUGAGUGAGGUUGUUGAGAGCCUGAAGCAGAUAGCUCAGAUUAAAGAAAGUGGUGGAGGGUCAGGAGAUUCAAGGGGGGAGAGUUCUAGCAGCGUGUCAGGGAAAGGAAAAAGAAAUUAGAAGUACAUAAGAGAGAGGGAAGUGCUUUGUUUUUGUAAGUAUUUUCAUGAUGAAGGUGGUUAAUUUAUUGGAGUGCAGGCAUGAAAUAGAUCUAUUGGUUACAUUUUUAUUGGAAAACACAAUUCGUGCAUGAGGCAGUAAUGUUGUUGUAGAUGAAAGAAACUGUGUGUGUAUGAAGCUGAGGGGGCUUUUCUCAAA